AUGGAGUUGAGCAUCAGUUCUCUGGUGGCUUUGAUUCUCUUCUGGGGUUCUCUGUGUGUCAAAUCUAAAACUGCAGCACACAGAAACCCUCAAGAGUCGCUGCAGACUCUGAUGAGCUCUCAAAUAAACCGUCUGCAGGUCAGACCUGAAAACUCAGCUCACAUUCAUCCAGGACAAAAGCUGACGCUUCGGUGCCAAAGUCAAGGAGAUGAAGUGCUGGUGCAGUUUUGGCAGACACCUUUUGGUCUGUUUGACAGCUGUAACCACCAAAACAAAGACCCAGUGUACACAUGCAAUGGCACUUUGAAGAUUUCAAGAGCCACAUCCAGCCAUGAUGGACUCUAUUACUGUGUCCAUCUGGACAAGAUGAGCAAAACAAUUGUGCCUUAUAGAGUUAACGUAGUUCCCAUCAAGAAACGGCAGAGGAAGACCAGGGAGGCAGGGGUUUACAGCGACACGGUGUCAGAAAGCCAUUUUGCGGCAGCUGUGGCAUCAUCAGUAAUCGUGAGCUUUUUAGUAGCCUUCACACUCGGUGCAUUCAGUAGAUCCUACGUGAUGAAGUGCCUACGAACGAUAAGGGCCCGCAUGCCUCAUAGAAAACACAAUCACAUUAAUGGACAGAAGAACUUACAAACCACCAGAGCACAAACUGACACAGUGUUCUUCCAUAAAAACCAAACCGCUGGAGAAGACACUGUGGACACUGGUUUGGUUGCUCGGGAACGCAUGGAUGUUGAUAAUGCGGACGCUAUUGGAAAUGUUAUAAACGAGUCAAAUGAGCCUCAGAGUUGUGAAGGAGAAGAACAAACCCCACAGUUGAGAUCAGCAGCUAGUCCACAUCCAAAGAAGAAGAGCCGCGUCAUUAAAGUCUACAACUAUGAUGAAGAAGGGGCUCCAUACAGCCAUAUCAAAGACUCAGGGAUGGAGGGUGAAGACGAGGUCACUGACGCGCGACUCAAUGCAAUCAUGAAACAGUCUGAAGCUCUUAAAAUCAACCCAGACAGUCGACUGACGGCCAGACGAUUCAAGCGGAUGAAGACAGUGUUUCAGCUUCAGCAGGAGACACUGGAGACUCACAAACAGGCCGAGGGACACAUUUAUGACACACUGAAAACACUGUAUUUGUGUUUCCUUUUAAAGUAA